AUGAAUGGCCACACCUCUCCUCCUCUUGAUGUCCUGGCCACCAACGGCACUGAGCUGACCACCGUCCCCAAGACCGUGAAGGCCAUGCUGGGAGCCAGCACCCCCUCCGGGCCCCAGUCCAAGAGCAUCGCUGGGGUAUAUGUGGAAGCCUCCUGCCAGGCUCAGAGUCUCUACACGGCCAUGAAGCAGGGCCUCCUGUCUGGUGAGCUUGGGCUGGCUCUGCUGGAGGCCCAGGCCGCCACCGGGGGCCUUGUGGACCCCACGCAGGGCCACUUCCUCUCUGUGUCUGAGGCCGUGCGGCAGGGCCUGGUAGGCCUGGAGCUAAAGGAGAGGCUCCUGGUUGCUGAGCGGGCCGUCACUGGGUACCCCGAUCCCUACGGUGGCGGGAAGCUGGCACUCUUCCAGGCCAUCAGGAAGGAGGUGCUGGAGAGAGCACUGGGGUACAGCUGGCUAGAGGCCCAGCUGGCCACUGGGGGCCUGGUGGAUCCCAUUCAGGGUGUGCGAGUGGCCCCAGAGCUGGCCUGCCAGCAGGGCCUCCUGGACCAGGAGACGUGGCGUGGCCUGGCAGAGGGCGAGCCCAGCUCCGGUGCCCCUGGCUUCCUGGACCCCAACACAGGCGAGUGGCUGUCCUACCGCGGGCUGCUGGGCAGGUGCGUGAGAGCCCCCAGAACAGGGCUGGCUCUGCUGCCCCUCAAGACCACUUUCCAGACCCUGAGUGGGGCAGUGAGCUUGGCAGAGCUGCUGGAGGUGGGGGUCCUGGAUGGGGAGACUGCCCAGGGCCUUCAGGAGGGCAAGCUGGUGGCGUCAGAUGUGAGCACAUGGGCUGCCGUGAAGCGCUACCUGCAGGGCACGGGCGGCGUGGCGGGGGUUGUCCUGCUGCCCGCGGGCCACAAGAAGAGCUUCUUCCAGGCCAUCACUGAGCACCUGCUCCCGAUGGGCAUGGCACUCCCGCUCCUGGAGGCUCAGGCCGCCACCUGCACGCUGGUGGAUCCAGCCACCGGCCGGCGCCGAACGGUGGAUGAGGCCGUCAGGUCAGGCCUGCUCGGCCCGGAGCUCCACAGGCAGCUGCUGGUGGCCGAGCAGGCGGUGACGGGGUUCGAUGACCCCUUCAGCAGAGGGCGAGUCUCCCUCUUCCAGGCCAUGAAGAAGGAGCUGGUGGACAGGCCUCUGGCGCUGCGACUCCUGGAUGCCCAGCUGGCCACAGGUGGGCCAGUGUGUCCAGCCCGCAGGCUCCGGCUGCCCCUGGAGGCCGCCCUGCGCCUCGGGUGCCUGGACGAAGAGACGUGGCAGUGUGUCUCCCGGGCCGCUGGCUUCUCAGACCCCAGCACACAGGGGAGCCUUGGCUAUGGGCAGCUGAUGGCCCGCUGUGUCACCGACCCAGAGACAGGGCUGGCCUUCCUUCCUCUCUCAGACGGGGCCCUCGGAGGGGAGCCACAAGGACCCCCAUUCAUUGACCACAGCACCCGGCAGGCCUUAAGUGAGGCCACGGCCACCAUCUCCGUGGGCAAGUUCCAGGGCCGGCCCGCCUCACUCUGGGAGCUGCUCUUCUCCGAGCCCAUCUCCGCAGAGCAGAGGGCGGCACUGGCCCAGCGGCACCGGGAAGGCGCCAUCUCGUUGGAGGAGCUGGCGGCGGUGCUGAGGGCCACCCUGGAGCAGGCUGCAGCCACAGCCAGGACCACCUUUGCUGGGCUCAGGGGGCCCGUGACGCCAGAUGAGCUGUUGAAAGCAGAGAUCAUUGAUCAGGACGUGUACGAGCAGCUGAAGCGAGGACAGACCACAGCCCAGGAAGUGGGCAGGCUGGACUCGGUCCAGAGGUACCUGCAGGGCACUGGCUGCAUCGCGGGCGUGCUGCUGACCAGCUCCCGGGAGCGGCUCGGUAUCUACGAGGCUCGCGGGAAGGGGCUUCUCAGGCCCGGCACGGCACUCAUCCUCCUGGAGGCACAGGUGGCCACGGGCUUCAUCCUUAACCCAAAGGAAAACAAGACAUACUCUGUAGAGGAGGCACUGAGGGCCGGCCUCAUUGGGCCUGAUGUGUUUGCAAAGCUGCUGUCGGCCGAGCGCGCCGUCACCGGCUACACGGACCCCUACACCGGGGAGCAGAUCUCCCUCUUCCAGGCCAUGAAGAAGGACCUCGUCGUCCGCGACCACGGCGUCCGCCUGCUGGAGGCCCAGAUCGCCACGGGCGGCAUCAUCGACCCCGUGCACAGCCACCGGCUGCCCGUGGACGUGGCCCACCGGCGUGGCUACUUCGACGAGGAGAUGAGCCGCGUCCUGGCGGACCCGAGCGACGACACCAAGGGCUUCUUCGACCCCAACACGCACGAGAACCUCACGUACCUGCAGCUGCUGGAGCGCUGUGUGGAGGACCCCGAGACGGGGCUGCGCCUGCUGCCCCUCGGCCGCUCACAGCCCGAGCUGGUGGAUGGCGCCACCCGACGGGCCUUCCAGGGCCUGCUGCUGCCUGUGAGGCAUGGGCGGUUCCGGGGACAGAGGGUUUCCGCGUGGGAGCUGGUCAACUCAGAGUGCUUCAGCGAGGACCAGCGGAGGCAGGUGCUGCGGGACUACCGACAGCACAGGGUGUCACUGGCGCAGGUGGCCCAGCUGCUGGGGAGAGCAGUGGGGAGGUGGGUGGACAUCGCGCUGCCCGUGCUCCGGGGCCGAGUCACAGCCCACCAGCUCUGGGAGGCCCAAAUCAUUGACCAAGAGCUGCUGGACCGGGUGCUGGAGGGGGCAGUGAGCCCCGAGGCCCUCCUGCACGUGGACAGCGUCCAGCGGGCCCUGCGCGGCUCGGGUGCCGUGGGCGGCGUGCUGCAGUCCUCCAGGCGGCGGCUCAGCCUCUACGAGGCCAUGAAGCAGCAGCUGCUGGGGCCGGGCGUGGCGCUAGCCCUGCUGGAGGCUCAGGCGGCCACCGCAGCCAUUGUUGACCCCCACGGUCUGGAGACGCUGUCCGUGGAUGAGGCCGUGCGCAGGAGGCUGGUGGGCCCAGAGCUGUACGGCAGGCUGAGGCAGGCGGAGGACGCUGUCAGCGGCUUCAGAGACCCCUUCUCUGGGGAGCGGGUGUCCCUGUUCCAGGCCAUGAAGAAGGGCCUUGUCCCUGCAGAGCAGGCUGCCCGCCUCCUGGAUGCCCAGGUGGCCACAGGAGGGGUCAUUGACCCCACAGGCCACCAUCGCCUCCCCAUGCCCGUGGCCACCCAGCGUGGCUACCUCGACCAGGAGAUGGCGAUCGCCUUGUCCAGCUCCUCCAAGACCUUCCCCACGCUAGAUGGCCGGGGACACACCAGCUAUGCCCAGCUCCUGGACCAGUGUGUGAGGGACGAGGCCUCUGGGCUCUACUUCCUGCCCCUGCCAGAAAAUGCUGCUGCCGUCCCCACUGACGAGCAGGUCCAGGAGACCCUGCAGGCCGUGCCGGGGGCUGAGGACGGCACGUCCCUCUGGGAGCUCCUGAGCUCUUGCCGCUUCACUGACGAGCAGCGGAAGAGCCUCUUGGAGGACUUCAGGGCAGGGCAGACUACCGCACAGCAGCUUCAGGAAACGGUGCAGAAACAGGUGCGUGAGGCAGAGCUCCUGGCUCAGGCUUGCGUCACGGUGCCCGGCCCAAGGGGGGAGGUUCCUGCCGUCUGGCUGCUGGACGCUGGCAUCAUCACCCAGGAGACCCUGGCGGCGCUGGCUCAGGGCACACAGUCACCUGCCGAGGUGGCCGAGCAGCCCGCCGUGAAGGCCUGCCUGUGGGGUACGGGCUGCGUGGCCGGCGUGGUGUUGCAGCCGUCGGGGGCCAAGGUCAGCAUCAGCCAGGCCAUGAGGGACGGCCUCUUGCCUGAGGGCCUGGGGCGAAGGCUGCUGGAGGCUCAAGUGGCGUCUGGCUCCCUCAUUGACCCUCUGACCAACCUGAGGCUAUCUGUGGAAGGUGCAGUCAAGGCCGGCCUGGUGGCUGGGGCACUGCAUGAGCAGCUCCAGCAAGCCGAGAGGGCCGUGACCUGGUACACUGACCCGUAUCUAGGAGGCGCCCUCUCACUGUGGCAGGCCAUGGAGAAGGGGCUGGUGCCCCAAAGUGAGGGCCUCCCCCUCCUACAGGCGCAAUUGGCCACAGGGGGCGCAGUGGACCCUGUCCACGGGGUGCACCUGCCCGAGGCGGCAGCCUGCAGGCUUGGCCUCCUGGACGAGCAGGUCAGCCGGGUGCUAACCUCAAUGGCCGAGGACAGUAAGUUCUUCUUCGACCCCAGCGCACAGGAAAGGGUGACGUACAACCAGCUCAAGGAGCGCUGUGUCCUGGACACUGACACCAGCCUGUGGCUGCUUCCACUUGCCCAGGACAGGGUGCUUAAGGUGGACGAGCACAUGCUGGUGGCCCUGAGGGCCAUGAAGGUGCCUGUCGGCACUGGGAGGUUCAAAGGUCUCAACGUGUCACUGUGGGACCUGCUCCACUCAGAGUAUGUUGACAUCCACAAACGGCGGGAGCUGGUGGCGCUCUGCCAGUCCGGGAGGGCCACCGCCCUGCGGCACGUGGCUGUGGCCAUCACCGCCCUGGUUGAGACCUCAGAGAGACAACCCUCGCAGGCCACCUUUAGAGGACUCCGGAAGCUAGUGUCGGCCAGUGACUUGUUUAGGUCCCAGCUGAUUGACAAGGAGACGCUGGACCUGCUGAAUCAGGGCAGAAGGACAGUGCAGGAGGUGAUGGAGAGGAGCAGCAUCAGGUGGUACCUGGAGGGAGGCAACUUCAUUGCUGGGGUCCUCAUCCAGGGCACAAAGGAGAAGAUGAGCAUCUACCAGGCCAUGUGGAAGGGCAUCCUGCGGCCCGGCACGGCCCUGGUGCUGCUGGAGGCGCAGGCGGCCACCGGCUUCGUCAUCGACCCCGUGCGCAACCGGAGGCUGUCCGUGGAGGAGGCGGUGGCCGCGGGCGUGGUGGGCGGCGAGAUCCAGGAGAAGCUGCUGUCGGCCGAGCGCGCCGUCACCGGCUACACGGACCCCUACACCGGGGAGCAGAUCUCCCUCUUCCAGGCCAUGAAGAAGGACCUCAUCGUCCGCGACCAUGGCAUCCGCCUGCUGGAGGCCCAGAUCGCCACGGGCGGCAUCAUCGACCCCGUGCACAGCCACCGGCUGCCCGUGGACGUGGCCUACCGGCGUGGCUACUUCGACGAGGAGAUGAGCCGCGUCCUGGCGGACCCGAGCGACGACACCAAGGGCUUCUUCGACCCCAACACGCACGAGAACCUCACGUACCUGCAGCUGCUGGAGCGCUGUGUGGAGGACCCCGAGACGGGGCUCUACCUGUUACAAAUUGUGAAGAAAGGAGAAACCUACAUCUAUAUUGAUGAAGCCUCAAGGCAGCUUCUGCAGUCCCAAACUACGACCAUGCACGUGGGGAGGUUCGCCAAUCAGAAGGUCUCCCUUUGGGACCUACUGUCGUCUCAGUACUUCACAGAAGAAAGGAAACGGGAGCUCAUCCAUGAGUACAGAGCCCAGAAUGCGUCCCUAGAGCAGCUGUUGGGGGUCAUCACUGCUACGGUGGAAGAAACAGAGGAGCGAUACCAAGGCAUGAAGGUGGCAGCCAUCCGUGGAGAGGUGACAGCUGCAGAGUUGUUCAACUCUGGAGUCAUUGAUAAAAGGACCCUGGAAGCCCUGUCCCAGGAGGGAUCAGGGGGGCAGGAUCUCAGCAGGUUGGCACAUGUGAGACCCUAUCUGGAGGGUACUGGCUGCAUUGUGGGGGUGACUGUACCUUCCACCCAAGAGGUGAUGAGCUUCUACGAGGCCAGCAGGAAAGGACUCAUCCCCAUGGGGUUUGCGGCUCAGCUGCUGGAGGCCCAGGCAGCCACGGGAUUCAUGCUGGAUCCCUGCAGCCAGAAGAGGCUCUCCGUGCAGCAUGCCGUGGCUGAGGGCCUGGUGGGUGAGGAACUGCAGGCAAGACUUCUGGAAGCCGAGAAGGCCGCCCUAGGCUACACAGACCCAGCCACGGGAGACACGAUCUCACUGUUCCAGGCCAUGCAGAGGAAGUUUGUCCGAAGAGAGGAAGCGCUGAGACUGCUGGAGGUGCAGGUGGCCACAGGGGGCAUCAUCGACCCCCUGCACCACCACCGGCUCCCCCUGGACAUGGCCUACAGACGGGGCUGUCUGCACCAGGACACAUACCCACUCGUUGCAGAUCAGAAGCACAUGAACAAAAGGUAUGUGGAUCCGAACACUCAGGAGAGGGUCACAUACCAACAGCUACAGGAGAGGAGCCAAAAAGAAGCAGGGACAGAUUGGGCUCUCUUCCUGGUAGUCAGGGACCACCAAACCUCUGCCUAUAUUGACGAGGCAACAAGGAGGGCCUUAGAAGCCGAGCAGGUGCAGGUCCCGGUGGGAAGAUACAAGGACCAGAGGCCAUCAGUGUGGGAGCUGCUCAACUCUGAGUACGUGACCCAAGAAAUAAAACUCCAGUUGAUCAGUGACUAUAAAAUGCAUGUGACCCAGGCAUUGGAAAAGGUAGUAAACAUUAUUUUAGAACUAAUAGAUGAGAAAGAAAAAACGAAGAAGAAACUAUGGUUCCCAGGGAUCCGAAAACAAAUCACAGGUUCAGAACUCAUCAAUGCAGAAAUCAUCAGCAAGGAGGUGAUGGAUGACCUGGCCCAGGGCACCAAGACCCUGCAGGAGGUGACGGAGAUGGACUCGGUCAAGCGCUACCUGCAGGGCACGGGCUGCAUCGCGGGCGUGCUGGUGCCCGCCAAGGACGAGCCCGGGCGGCAGGAGAAGAUGAGCAUCUACCAGGCCAUGUGGAAGGGCGUCCUGCGGCCCGGCACGGCCCUGGUGCUGCUGGAGGCGCAGGCGGCCACCGGCUUCGUCAUCGACCCCGUGCGCAACCGGAGGCUGUCCGUGGAGGAGGCGGUGGCCGCGGGCGUGGUGGGCGGCGAGAUCCAGGAGAAGCUGCUGUCGGCCGAGCGCGCCGUCACCGGCUACACGGACCCCUACACCGGGGAGCAGAUCUCCCUCUUCCAGGCCAUGAAGAAGGACCUCAUCGUCCGCGACCACGGCGUCCGCCUGCUGGAGGCCCAGAUCGCCACGGGCGGCAUCAUCGACCCCGUGCACAGCCACCGGCUGCCCGUGGACGUGGCCUACCGGCGUGGCUACUUCGACGAGGAGAUGAGCCGCGUCCUGGCGGACCCGAGCGACGACACCAAGGGCUUCUUCGACCCCAACACGCACGAGAACCUCACGUACCUGCAGCUGCUGGAGCGCUGUGUGGAGGACCCCGAGACGGGGCUGCGCCUGCUGCAGCUGGCCGGCCGGGGCUCCGCCGUGCACCAGCUGAGCGAGGAGCUGCGCGGCGCCCUGCGGGACGCCCGCGUGUCGCCGGGCCGCGGCGUCCUCCAGGGCCAGAGCGUCUCCGUCUGGGAGCUCCUGUUCCACCGGGAGGUGCCCGAGGGCCUGCGGCAGGACCUGCUGCGCAGGUACGAGGCGGGCGUGCUGACCGUGCAGGAGGUGGGCGCCGCCCUCACCCCGCUGCUGGCCCGUGCCGCCGCCGCCGAGGGCGGGGACCCCCGCGGGGCCCUGCGUGCCGCCACCAUGGAGGUCAAGGUGGGCCGCCUGCGCGGGCCGGCGGUGCCCGUGUGGGACGUGCUGGCCUCCAGCUACGUGAGCGGCGCCACGCGGGAGCAGCUACUGGCCGACUUUGGCUCGGGGACGCUGGGCUUGCCGGCGCUGACCCGCAGGCUGACCACCAUCGUCGAGGAGGCGGAGGCGGCCGGAGGGCCCGAGCCGCCCGAGCCGGGGGACGCCGCCCGCGGCCCGCAAGAGGCCGGGCCAGCCGGGCGCGGUGGCGGCGACGGCGACGCGGGGCCGCCCCCGGGCCAGGCCGCCGCCGAGCCCGCCGCCAGCGGCCCCCAGGAGCGGGCCCUGCGUGCCGCCACCGUGGACGUGCGCGCCGGGCAGUUCCGGGGGCAGCGGCCCUCCGUGUGGGAGGUCCUCUUCUCCUCCUACCUGAGCCGGGCCCGCCGGGAUGAGCUUCUGGCCCAGCACGCGGCCGGCGCCCUGGCCGUGCCCGCCCUGGUCACCAUCCUCACCCAGGCCAUCGAGGAGGCGGAGGAGCGGCUGAGCAAGGUGUCGUUCCGGGGCCUGAGGCGCCAGGUGUCCGCCUCCGAGCUGCACACGUCCGGGAUCCUGGGCCCCGAGACCCUGCGGGACCUGGCCCAGGGCACCAAGACCCUGCAGGAGGUGACGGAGAUGGACUCGGUCAAGCGCUACCUGCAGGGCACGGGCUGCAUCGCGGGCGUGCUGGUGCCCGCCAAGGACGAGCCCGGGCGGCAGGAGAAGAUGAGCAUCUACCAGGCCAUGUGGAAGGGCGUCCUGCGGCCCGGCACGGCCCUGGUGCUGCUGGAGGCGCAGGCGGCCACCGGCUUCGUCAUCGACCCCGUGCGCAACCGGAGGCUGUCCGUGGAGGAGGCGGUGGCCGCGGGCGUGGUGGGCGGCGAGAUCCAGGAGAAGCUGCUGUCGGCCGAGCGCGCCGUCACCGGCUACACGGACCCCUACACCGGGGAGCAGAUCUCCCUCUUCCAGGCCAUGAAGAAGGACCUCAUCGUCCGCGACCACGGCGUCCGCCUGCUGGAGGCCCAGAUCGCCACGGGCGGCAUCAUCGACCCCGUGCACAGCCACCGGCUGCCCGUGGACGUGGCCUACCGGCGUGGCUACUUCGACGAGGAGAUGAGCCGCGUCCUGGCGGACCCGAGCGACGACACCAAGGGCUUCUUCGACCCCAACACGCACGAGAACCUCACGUACCUGCAGCUGCUGGAGCGCUGUGUGGAGGACCCCGAGACGGGGCUGCGCCUGCUGCAGCUGGCCGGCCGGGGCUCCGCCGUGCACCAGCUGAGCGAGGAGCUGCGCGGCGCCCUGCGGGACGCCCGCGUGUCGCCGGGCCGCGGCGUCCUCCAGGGCCAGAGCGUCUCCGUCUGGGAGCUCCUGUUCCACCGGGAGGUGCCCGAGGGCCUGCGGCAGGACCUGCUGCGCAGGUACGAGGCGGGCGUGCUGACCGUGCAGGAGGUGGGCGCCGCCCUCACCCCGCUGCUGGCCCGUGCCGCCGCCGCCGAGGGCGGGGACCCCCGCGGGGCCCUGCGUGCCGCCACCAUGGAGGUCAAGGUGGGCCGCCUGCGCGGGCCGGCGGUGCCCGUGUGGGACGUGCUGGCCUCCAGCUACGUGAGCGGCGCCACGCGGGAGCAGCUACUGGCCGACUUUGGCUCGGGGACGCUGGGCUUGCCGGCGCUGACCCGCAGGCUGACCACCAUCGUCGAGGAGGCGGAGGCGGCCGGAGGGCCCGAGCCGCCCGAGCCGGGGGACGCCGCCCGCGGCCCGCAAGAGGCCGGGCCAGCCGGGCGCGGUGGCGGCGACGGCGACGCGGGGCCGCCCCCGGGCCAGGCCGCCGCCGAGCCCGCCGCCAGCGGCCCCCAGGAGCGGGCCCUGCGUGCCGCCACCGUGGACGUGCGCGCCGGGCAGUUCCGGGGGCAGCGGCCCUCCGUGUGGGAGGUCCUCUUCUCCUCCUACCUGAGCCGGGCCCGCCGGGAUGAGCUUCUGGCCCAGCACGCGGCCGGCGCCCUGGCCGUGCCCGCCCUGGUCACCAUCCUCACCCAGGCCAUCGAGGAGGCGGAGGAGCGGCUGAGCAAGGUGUCGUUCCGGGGCCUGAGGCGCCAGGUGUCCGCCUCCGAGCUGCACACGUCCGGGAUCCUGGGCCCCGAGACCCUGCGGGACCUGGCCCAGGGCACCAAGACCCUGCAGGAGGUGACGGAGAUGGACUCGGUCAAGCGCUACCUGCAGGGCACGGGCUGCAUCGCGGGCGUGCUGGUGCCCGCCAAGGACGAGCCCGGGCGGCAGGAGAAGAUGAGCAUCUACCAGGCCAUGUGGAAGGGCGUCCUGCGGCCCGGCACGGCCCUGGUGCUGCUGGAGGCGCAGGCGGCCACCGGCUUCGUCAUCGACCCCGUGCGCAACCGGAGGCUGUCCGUGGAGGAGGCGGUGGCCGCGGGCGUGGUGGGCGGCGAGAUCCAGGAGAAGCUGCUGUCGGCCGAGCGCGCCGUCACCGGCUACACGGACCCCUACACCGGGGAGCAGAUCUCCCUCUUCCAGGCCAUGAAGAAGGACCUCAUCGUCCGCGACCACGGCGUCCGCCUGCUGGAGGCCCAGAUCGCCACGGGCGGCAUCAUCGACCCCGUGCACAGCCACCGGCUGCCCGUGGACGUGGCCUACCGGCGUGGCUACUUCGACGAGGAGAUGAGCCGCGUCCUGGCGGACCCGAGCGACGACACCAAGGGCUUCUUCGACCCCAACACGCACGAGAACCUCACGUACCUGCAGCUGCUGGAGCGCUGUGUGGAGGACCCCGAGACGGGGCUGCGCCUGCUGCAGCUGGCCGGCCGGGGCUCCGCCGUGCACCAGCUGAGCGAGGAGCUGCGCGGCGCCCUGCGGGACGCCCGCGUGUCGCCGGGCCGCGGCGUCCUCCAGGGCCAGAGCGUCUCCGUCUGGGAGCUCCUGUUCCACCGGGAGGUGCCCGAGGGCCUGCGGCAGGACCUGCUGCGCAGGUACGAGGCGGGCGUGCUGACCGUGCAGGAGGUGGGCGCCGCCCUCACCCCGCUGCUGGCCCGUGCCGCCGCCGCCGAGGGCGGGGACCCCCGCGGGGCCCUGCGUGCCGCCACCAUGGAGGUCAAGGUGGGCCGCCUGCGCGGGCCGGCGGUGCCCGUGUGGGACGUGCUGGCCUCCAGCUACGUGAGCGGCGCCACGCGGGAGCAGCUACUGGCCGACUUUGGCUCGGGGACGCUGGGCUUGCCGGCGCUGACCCGCAGGCUGACCACCAUCGUCGAGGAGGCGGAGGCGGCCGGAGGGCCCGAGCCGCCCGAGCCGGGGGACGCCGCCCGCGGCCCGCAAGAGGCCGGGCCAGCCGGGCGCGGUGGCGGCGACGGCGACGCGGGGCCGCCCCCGGGCCAGGCCGCCGCCGAGCCCGCCGCCAGCGGCCCCCAGGAGCGGGCCCUGCGUGCCGCCACCGUGGACGUGCGCGCCGGGCAGUUCCGGGGGCAGCGGCCCUCCGUGUGGGAGGUCCUCUUCUCCUCCUACCUGAGCCGGGCCCGCCGGGAUGAGCUUCUGGCCCAGCACGCGGCCGGCGCCCUGGCCGUGCCCGCCCUGGUCACCAUCCUCACCCAGGCCAUCGAGGAGGCGGAGGAGCGGCUGAGCAAGGUGUCGUUCCGGGGCCUGAGGCGCCAGGUGUCCGCCUCCGAGCUGCACACGUCCGGGAUCCUGGGCCCCGAGACCCUGCGGGACCUGGCCCAGGGCACCAAGACCCUGCAGGAGGUGACGGAGAUGGACUCGGUCAAGCGCUACCUGCAGGGCACGGGCUGCAUCGCGGGCGUGCUGGUGCCCGCCAAGGACGAGCCCGGGCGGCAGGAGAAGAUGAGCAUCUACCAGGCCAUGUGGAAGGGCGUCCUGCGGCCCGGCACGGCCCUGGUGCUGCUGGAGGCGCAGGCGGCCACCGGCUUCGUCAUCGACCCCGUGCGCAACCGGAGGCUGUCCGUGGAGGAGGCGGUGGCCGCGGGCGUGGUGGGCGGCGAGAUCCAGGAGAAGCUGCUGUCGGCCGAGCGCGCCGUCACCGGCUACACGGACCCCUACACCGGGGAGCAGAUCUCCCUCUUCCAGGCCAUGAAGAAGGACCUCAUCGUCCGCGACCACGGCGUCCGCCUGCUGGAGGCCCAGAUCGCCACGGGCGGCAUCAUCGACCCCGUGCACAGCCACCGGCUGCCCGUGGACGUGGCCUACCGGCGUGGCUACUUCGACGAGGAGAUGAGCCGCGUCCUGGCGGACCCGAGCGACGACACCAAGGGCUUCUUCGACCCCAACACGCACGAGAACCUCACGUACCUGCAGCUGCUGGAGCGCUGUGUGGAGGACCCCGAGACGGGGCUGCGCCUGCUGCAGCUGGCCGGCCGGGGCUCCGCCGUGCACCAGCUGAGCGAGGAGCUGCGCGGCGCCCUGCGGGACGCCCGCGUGUCGCCGGGCCGCGGCGUCCUCCAGGGCCAGAGCGUCUCCGUCUGGGAGCUCCUGUUCCACCGGGAGGUGCCCGAGGGCCUGCGGCAGGACCUGCUGCGCAGGUACGAGGCGGGCGUGCUGACCGUGCAGGAGGUGGGCGCCGCCCUCACCCCGCUGCUGGCCCGUGCCGCCGCCGCCGAGGGCGGGGACCCCCGCGGGGCCCUGCGUGCCGCCACCAUGGAGGUCAAGGUGGGCCGCCUGCGCGGGCCGGCGGUGCCCGUGUGGGACGUGCUGGCCUCCAGCUACGUGAGCGGCGCCACGCGGGAGCAGCUACUGGCCGACUUUGGCUCGGGGACGCUGGGCUUGCCGGCGCUGACCCGCAGGCUGACCACCAUCGUCGAGGAGGCGGAGGCGGCCGGAGGGCCCGAGCCGCCCGAGCCGGGGGACGCCGCCCGCGGCCCGCAAGAGGCCGGGCCAGCCGGGCGCGGUGGCGGCGACGGCGACGCGGGGCCGCCCCCGGGCCAGGCCGCCGCCGAGCCCGCCGCCAGCGGCCCCCAGGAGCGGGCCCUGCGUGCCGCCACCGUGGACGUGCGCGCCGGGCAGUUCCGGGGGCAGCGGCCCUCCGUGUGGGAGGUCCUCUUCUCCUCCUACCUGAGCCGGGCCCGCCGGGAUGAGCUUCUGGCCCAGCACGCGGCCGGCGCCCUGGCCGUGCCCGCCCUGGUCACCAUCCUCACCCAGGCCAUCGAGGAGGCGGAGGAGCGGCUGAGCAAGGUGUCGUUCCGGGGCCUGAGGCGCCAGGUGUCCGCCUCCGAGCUGCACACGUCCGGGAUCCUGGGCCCCGAGACCCUGCGGGACCUGGCCCAGGGCACCAAGACCCUGCAGGAGGUGACGGAGAUGGACUCGGUCAAGCGCUACCUGCAGGGCACGGGCUGCAUCGCGGGCGUGCUGGUGCCCGCCAAGGACGAGCCCGGGCGGCAGGAGAAGAUGAGCAUCUACCAGGCCAUGUGGAAGGGCGUCCUGCGGCCCGGCACGGCCCUGGUGCUGCUGGAGGCGCAGGCGGCCACCGGCUUCGUCAUCGACCCCGUGCGCAACCGGAGGCUGUCCGUGGAGGAGGCGGUGGCCGCGGGCGUGGUGGGCGGCGAGAUCCAGGAGAAGCUGCUGUCGGCCGAGCGCGCCGUCACCGGCUACACGGACCCCUACACCGGGGAGCAGAUCUCCCUCUUCCAGGCCAUGAAGAAGGACCUCAUCGUCCGCGACCACGGCGUCCGCCUGCUGGAGGCCCAGAUCGCCACGGGCGGCAUCAUCGACCCCGUGCACAGCCACCGGCUGCCCGUGGACGUGGCCUACCGGCGUGGCUACUUCGACGAGGAGAUGAGCCGCGUCCUGGCGGACCCGAGCGACGACACCAAGGGCUUCUUCGACCCCAACACGCACGAGAACCUCACGUACCUGCAGCUGCUGGAGCGCUGUGUGGAGGACCCCGAGACGGGGCUGCGCCUGCUGCAGCUGGCCGGCCGGGGCUCCGCCGUGCACCAGCUGAGCGAGGAGCUGCGCGGCGCCCUGCGGGACGCCCGCGUGUCGCCGGGCCGCGGCGUCCUCCAGGGCCAGAGCGUCUCCGUCUGGGAGCUCCUGUUCCACCGGGAGGUGCCCGAGGGCCUGCGGCAGGACCUGCUGCGCAGGUACGAGGCGGGCGUGCUGACCGUGCAGGAGGUGGGCGCCGCCCUCACCCCGCUGCUGGCCCGUGCCGCCGCCGCCGAGGGCGGGGACCCCCGCGGGGCCCUGCGUGCCGCCACCAUGGAGGUCAAGGUGGGCCGCCUGCGCGGGCCGGCGGUGCCCGUGUGGGACGUGCUGGCCUCCAGCUACGUGAGCGGCGCCACGCGGGAGCAGCUACUGGCCGACUUUGGCUCGGGGACGCUGGGCUUGCCGGCGCUGACCCGCAGGCUGACCACCAUCGUCGAGGAGGCGGAGGCGGCCGGAGGGCCCGAGCCGCCCGAGCCGGGGGACGCCGCCCGCGGCCCGCAAGAGGCCGGGCCAGCCGGGCGCGGUGGCGGCGACGGCGACGCGGGGCCGCCCCCGGGCCAGGCCGCCGCCGAGCCCGCCGCCAGCGGCCCCCAGGAGCGGGCCCUGCGUGCCGCCACCGUGGACGUGCGCGCCGGGCAGUUCCGGGGGCAGCGGCCCUCCGUGUGGGAGGUCCUCUUCUCCUCCUACCUGAGCCGGGCCCGCCGGGAUGAGCUUCUGGCCCAGCACGCGGCCGGCGCCCUGGCCGUGCCCGCCCUGGUCACCAUCCUCACCCAGGCCAUCGAGGAGGCGGAGGAGCGGCUGAGCAAGGUGUCGUUCCGGGGCCUGAGGCGCCAGGUGUCCGCCUCCGAGCUGCACACGUCCGGGAUCCUGGGCCCCGAGACCCUGCGGGACCUGGCCCAGGGCACCAAGACCCUGCAGGAGGUGACGGAGAUGGACUCGGUCAAGCGCUACCUGCAGGGCACGGGCUGCAUCGCGGGCGUGCUGGUGCCCGCCAAGGACGAGCCCGGGCGGCAGGAGAAGAUGAGCAUCUACCAGGCCAUGUGGAAGGGCGUCCUGCGGCCCGGCACGGCCCUGGUGCUGCUGGAGGCGCAGGCGGCCACCGGCUUCGUCAUCGACCCCGUGCGCAACCGGAGGCUGUCCGUGGAGGAGGCGGUGGCCGCGGGCGUGGUGGGCGGCGAGAUCCAGGAGAAGCUGCUGUCGGCCGAGCGCGCCGUCACCGGCUACACGGACCCCUACACCGGGGAGCAGAUCUCCCUCUUCCAGGCCAUGAAGAAGGACCUCAUCGUCCGCGACCACGGCGUCCGCCUGCUGGAGGCCCAGAUCGCCACGGGCGGCAUCAUCGACCCCGUGCACAGCCACCGGCUGCCCGUGGACGUGGCCUACCGGCGUGGCUACUUCGACGAGGAGAUGAGCCGCGUCCUGGCGGACCCGAGCGACGACACCAAGGGCUUCUUCGACCCCAACACGCACGAGAACCUCACGUACCUGCAGCUGCUGGAGCGCUGUGUGGAGGACCCCGAGACGGGGCUGCGCCUGCUGCAGCUGGCCGGCCGGGGCUCCGCCGUGCACCAGCUGAGCGAGGAGCUGCGCGGCGCCCUGCGGGACGCCCGCGUGUCGCCGGGCCGCGGCGUCCUCCAGGGCCAGAGCGUCUCCGUCUGGGAGCUCCUGUUCCACCGGGAGGUGCCCGAGGGCCUGCGGCAGGACCUGCUGCGCAGGUACGAGGCGGGCGUGCUGACCGUGCAGGAGGUGGGCGCCGCCCUCACCCCGCUGCUGGCCCGUGCCGCCGCCGCCGAGGGCGGGGACCCCCGCGGGGCCCUGCGUGCCGCCACCAUGGAGGUCAAGGUGGGCCGCCUGCGCGGGCCGGCGGUGCCCGUGUGGGACGUGCUGGCCUCCAGCUACGUGAGCGGCGCCACGCGGGAGCAGCUACUGGCCGACUUUGGCUCGGGGACGCUGGGCUUGCCGGCGCUGACCCGCAGGCUGACCACCAUCGUCGAGGAGGCGGAGGCGGCCGGAGGGCCCGAGCCGCCCGAGCCGGGGGACGCCGCCCGCGGCCCGCAAGAGGCCGGGCCAGCCGGGCGCGGUGGCGGCGACGGCGACGCGGGGCCGCCCCCGGGCCAGGCCGCCGCCGAGCCCGCCGCCAGCGGCCCCCAGGAGCGGGCCCUGCGUGCCGCCACCGUGGACGUGCGCGCCGGGCAGUUCCGGGGGCAGCGGCCCUCCGUGUGGGAGGUCCUCUUCUCCUCCUACCUGAGCCGGGCCCGCCGGGAUGAGCUUCUGGCCCAGCACGCGGCCGGCGCCCUGGCCGUGCCCGCCCUGGUCACCAUCCUCACCCAGGCCAUCGAGGAGGCGGAGGAGCGGCUGAGCAAGGUGUCGUUCCGGGGCCUGAGGCGCCAGGUGUCCGCCUCCGAGCUGCACACGUCCGGGAUCCUGGGCCCCGAGACCCUGCGGGACCUGGCCCAGGGCACCAAGACCCUGCAGGAGGUGACGGAGAUGGACUCGGUCAAGCGCUACCUGCAGGGCACGGGCUGCAUCGCGGGCGUGCUGGUGCCCGCCAAGGACGAGCCCGGGCGGCAGGAGAAGAUGAGCAUCUACCAGGCCAUGUGGAAGGGCGUCCUGCGGCCCGGCACGGCCCUGGUGCUGCUGGAGGCGCAGGCGGCCACCGGCUUCGUCAUCGACCCCGUGCGCAACCGGAGGCUGUCCGUGGAGGAGGCGGUGGCCGCGGGCGUGGUGGGCGGCGAGAUCCAGGAGAAGCUGCUGUCGGCCGAGCGCGCCGUCACCGGCUACACGGACCCCUACACCGGGGAGCAGAUCUCCCUCUUCCAGGCCAUGAAGAAGGACCUCAUCGUCCGCGACCACGGCGUCCGCCUGCUGGAGGCCCAGAUCGCCACGGGCGGCAUCAUCGACCCCGUGCACAGCCACCGGCUGCCCGUGGACGUGGCCUACCGGCGUGGCUACUUCGACGAGGAGAUGAGCCGCGUCCUGGCGGACCCGAGCGACGACACCAAGGGCUUCUUCGACCCCAACACGCACGAGAACCUCACGUACCUGCAGCUGCUGGAGCGCUGUGUGGAGGACCCCGAGACGGGGCUGCGCCUGCUGCAGCUGGCCGGCCGGGGCUCCGCCGUGCACCAGCUGAGCGAGGAGCUGCGCGGCGCCCUGCGGGACGCCCGCGUGUCGCCGGGCCGCGGCGUCCUCCAGGGCCAGAGCGUCUCCGUCUGGGAGCUCCUGUUCCACCGGGAGGUGCCCGAGGGCCUGCGGCAGGACCUGCUGCGCAGGUACGAGGCGGGCGUGCUGACCGUGCAGGAGGUGGGCGCCGCCCUCACCCCGCUGCUGGCCCGUGCCGCCGCCGCCGAGGGCGGGGACCCCCGCGGGGCCCUGCGUGCCGCCACCAUGGAGGUCAAGGUGGGCCGCCUGCGCGGGCCGGCGGUGCCCGUGUGGGACGUGCUGGCCUCCAGCUACGUGAGCGGCGCCACGCGGGAGCAGCUACUGGCCGACUUUGGCUCGGGGACGCUGGGCUUGCCGGCGCUGACCCGCAGGCUGACCACCAUCGUCGAGGAGGCGGAGGCGGCCGGAGGGCCCGAGCCGCCCGAGCCGGGGGACGCCGCCCGCGGCCCGCAAGAGGCCGGGCCAGCCGGGCGCGGUGGCGGCGACGGCGACGCGGGGCCGCCCCCGGGCCAGGCCGCCGCCGAGCCCGCCGCCAGCGGCCCCCAGGAGCGGGCCCUGCGUGCCGCCACCGUGGACGUGCGCGCCGGGCAGUUCCGGGGGCAGCGGCCCUCCGUGUGGGAGGUCCUCUUCUCCUCCUACCUGAGCCGGGCCCGCCGGGAUGAGCUUCUGGCCCAGCACGCGGCCGGCGCCCUGGCCGUGCCCGCCCUGGUCACCAUCCUCACCCAGGCCAUCGAGGAGGCGGAGGAGCGGCUGAGCAAGGUGUCGUUCCGGGGCCUGAGGCGCCAGGUGUCCGCCUCCGAGCUGCACACGUCCGGGAUCCUGGGCCCCGAGACCCUGCGGGACCUGGCCCAGGGCACCAAGACCCUGCAGGAGGUGACGGAGAUGGACUCGGUCAAGCGCUACCUGCAGGGCACGGGCUGCAUCGCGGGCGUGCUGGUGCCCGCCAAGGACGAGCCCGGGCGGCAGGAGAAGAUGAGCAUCUACCAGGCCAUGUGGAAGGGCGUCCUGCGGCCCGGCACGGCCCUGGUGCUGCUGGAGGCGCAGGCGGCCACCGGCUUCGUCAUCGACCCCGUGCGCAACCGGAGGCUGUCCGUGGAGGAGGCGGUGGCCGCGGGCGUGGUGGGCGGCGAGAUCCAGGAGAAGCUGCUGUCGGCCGAGCGCGCCGUCACCGGCUACACGGACCCCUACACCGGGGAGCAGAUCUCCCUCUUCCAGGCCAUGAAGAAGGACCUCAUCGUCCGCGACCACGGCGUCCGCCUGCUGGAGGCCCAGAUCGCCACGGGCGGCAUCAUCGACCCCGUGCACAGCCACCGGCUGCCCGUGGACGUGGCCUACCGGCGUGGCUACUUCGACGAGGAGAUGAGCCGCGUCCUGGCGGACCCGAGCGACGACACCAAGGGCUUCUUCGACCCCAACACGCACGAGAACCUCACCUAUGUGGAGCUUCUCCAGAGAGCUACUGUCGACCCAGAGACGGGCCUCUUAUUUCUUUCCGUUAUUUGA